AUGGUCGGCAAGGACUGCGUCGCUAUAGCCUGCGAUCUGCGCCUGGGCCUGCAGGCCCUGACGGUGUCCAACAACUUCCCCAAGAUCUUCCAGUACGGCGACCACGUGUUCCUGGGCCUGACGGGCCUGGCCACCGACGUGUCGACCGUGGCCGACCUGUUCCGCUACAAGGUCAACAUGUACCGCCUGCGCGAGGAGCGGCACAUUGCCCCGCGCACCUUCGCCAACCUCGUCAGCACCACCCUGUACGAGAGGCGGUUCGGCCCGUACUUCGUCAACCCCGUCGUCGCCGGGCUGGAGCCCAAGACGGGCGCGCCCUUCAUCUGCGGGUUCGACAGCAUAGGGUGCAUCGAUUUCGCAAAGGACUUUAUUGUCUCGGGGACGGCGACGGAACAGUUGUAUGGCAUGUGCGAGAAUUUCUGGGAGCCGAAUUUGGGCCCGGAUGAAUUAUUCGAGACCAUCUCGCAAGCACUUCUCAACGCCGUCGACCGUGAUGCCCUCUCCGGUUGGGGCGCUCACGUCUAUAUUAUCGAGAAGGACAAGGUGACCAAGAGGCUGUUGAAGGGGAGGCAGGAUUAG